AUGAGCUAAUAAAAUCCCAUAGGACUCGAACUUGGAGUAUACAGAGAGCAGGCCAUAGACUACUCAGCAAUGAUGUCGAAUGCUCAAGACAAGCACGGAAACGAUAGAAAUUCUCACAAAAAUUAUGAGAGUCUCAAGCCAUAUUACUACAAUGAUGUGAACUUUGUGCCAUUGAUUAAGAGCAUAUCGCACAGAAAAUCUUCAAGCCAGAUUCAAACUUAGAAAACUUUAAGCAAAAGGGAAUAACUAUUAUCGCAGUAUUCAGGUCAUGAAAAGGAUUAACAUUCUCUGUUACAACAAUUAUAGUAGAUUAAGACUGAUGGUAAUAACCGAGCAGUGAAAAUCGAUGCUAAAUCCAACAUUAAUAAGAGACUUUAGAAUAAUAACUCUAACUCGCCCUUUACAAAUCGGUGGAACAUGCUGAUUGCUUAGAAUAUGGUUAGAAACAAAGUGAAGAACUCUAAGAUCAAGAAAGCACUUGAAGAUAUCAACAAAGUGGUGCUCCCUAAAAUCAUAGAUGCAGGUGGAGGUACCGCCAAUAGUUAGAUACAAUCUUAGAUUGAUCUAACUGUGAUUCCAAAUAAAAGUCCUAUUCAAAAUAAGAGUCAGAAUGACUUUAGAUCUCUGAGAAAUUCAGUGGACGCAACUACUGGAAUGUCUGAUCCAAAUGAACAAAAACAGGUUCAAAACAUACUCAAGCAAAACAAACUGUAUUAGGAUGACUACCUGCCAUACAGAAAUAAAGUGAGGCUGAUGGAUAAGGAGAAGGCAUUUGUGGGAAGUUCUAUGAAAAUCAGAUCCGAAAAGACUAUAUCUCCGAGACAUACAUCAAAGUUACCAUUUAAUAGAGAAAAGUUCUUGAAUGAUGUGCUUCAAGCUAAGAAUUACAUAGUCUCUACCAAGAUCAAGCUUAAGAAGUAGUAUGUAUCAUCAUCGAUUGACGGAGAUUUUUAAGACGACAAUAAUAACUAUAGCAAUAGCUACAUCUAACAGUUUGACAUUACCACUACUAAAUACAAGAUUCCAGAUUAGAAUACAACAGAUUUGAAACAAUUAAACAUAAAUACAGAGUGUGAAAAAAGAGACGAGGGAACGGACACAUACCACUUAUCUUCAGAUAACUAUAGAGCUCAUUAUUUGCAUUAAAAUCAGAGGAGAUUUCCUCCUAAGAUAGUCAUUCAAAGCAAGAGACUUAAGUCUAUAAUGAUUGACUAGCCUAUUAAAGAAUAGCUUAAAUAGUAGUAGAAAUAGAAUUAGGAAAUGCAAAUGCUUUAUCUUACAAAUUAGGGAAUCAAAUAAGAAGACACUUUUGGCUACAUCAAAGACUAAUAGAGACAUUACUUCAAUUCCUUCAAGAAAGAUAAACUAAAUUAUAGAUCGUUUACUGAUAAAAAACCAUUAGAAAAUUCAUUUUAUGAUUCUGGCUACAACACUGGAUGGAGACAACAUAUUGAAGAGGGCAUUCAGGUAGAUAUCAAUCUAAUAUAAUCUUGA